AUGAUUGAUAGGAUCAGCGCUUUACCAGACGAACUUCUCUGCCACAUAAUGUCGUUUCUCCCAACGGAAAACGCCGUUGCCACGGCCGUUCUUUCAAAGAGAUGGAGGCAUCUCUGGCGCUCAGUUUCCGCUCUCGACUUCUCAACAAUCAGAAUGAAUCCAACCAACAAUGAUGACCACAGUUUCUUCUUCAGCGACAUCGUCUACUCGGUUCUUCUCUUUCGCAACGCUGCUACACCCAUCAAAAAAUUCAGCCCCGAGCUUGAUGAUGAUGAUGUAGCUGUCACUAAUCUUGACACAGCCAAUAUUCACAAAUGGGUCAAUUUUGUCACGCAAUGCAGAGUUGGAGGAAUUGAGCAUCUUCGUCUCCAUGUCAUUGAUUUCAUACAGUUGCCCAGAUUGCCUAUUAGCAUUUUCAGUUACAAGACGCUGGUUGUUCUCAAUUUGCAUGGGUUGUAUUUGAAUGGGUUGUAUUUGAAUGGUGUGUUUUCAACUGGACUUCCCUCACUCAAAAUCCUCCAUCUCAAAAAAGUUAAAUUCACAAGUGCUGUAGUACUCAAAGAGUUUCUAGCUGGAUGCCCAAUUCUUGAGAAUUUAAAAUCUGGUCGUAUACGGUUCACCGGUGAGUCCUCCUCUAAUUGUCGAAAGCUCACAAGCUUAUGCUUUCCCAACUUGAACAGAGCAGAUAUCGUUCACAGUCAGCUUCCACUGCAACCAUUUUAUAAUGUGACCUUCCUGCGCGCAGACGUAGAAAAGGGGUAUUAUAUCUUUCCUUCCUUUCACAAUUUGACCCACUUGGAGCUUGUUAUUGAACUGUAUGAUUCGCAUGUGCUUGGAGAAAUGCUCAAGCACUGCCCUAAGCUUCAAAGUCUUGUUCUUGAGAGAUCGGGGAAGGCUCAGAGACAUGACCUAGAAAAUUGGACAGAACCAGAAUUUGUUCCUGAAUGUCUUUUAUUUAACCUUAAAACUUGCAAUCUUCGAUAUUUUGAAGGCUUUAAAGUUGAGUUUAAGUUAGCAAGUGUUUAUUGCUUCUCAUACAAUACAGCAAAGGCUUCAUCUAAAAGCGUGGGAUACAGGGUGAGGUAUUCUGCAAAUAAGCCAAAUAAGCAUUCUGCAACCGAUUUGUUUAUGAUCAUCACAACAACAACUCUUGAAUCUGAAAAGGUUGUAAGUAAUCCUUCCUUGACCUCCAUUUUCUUUCCUUGCAUACCUUUCCCACUUUUUCUUACUCUAUGUGUGGUGUUGCACCUGUCUAUUUGCAAAAUAGUUGGAUUAGUUGAGACAACCGGGAGGAAUAUAAAGAUUGCAACAAAGAUGAAGCAGCUCAGCACCUAA